GAGACGCCCCCCAUCCGUCUCACUGCCCACCCCUACCCUCUCCUCUUUUGAGCCCUUGCCCUUUUCGCCUUUCCCUUCCUCAAUCUCUUUCACUGGACUCACCCUCACAAUUCCAUCCUAGAUUGACGCCCCCUCAGCUUGUAGACCGCAAGCCUCCACGUCCAUCCACAAUCCAGGUCACUGACGAGGACCGUCCUGGAUUGGGCCAGAUCGCAUUGCACUUGCAUCGCAUUGCACUGGGUUGGAACUGCAACUGGACUGGAUUCACUCAGCCUGCACUCGAGCUGGGCUGGGCCGGCACUGGACCGCUUCUCUGCACCACACCGGCGCGCCGCACCGCAACCUCAUCACACAGCUGCGGUCGCUUGUAGCCCAGCCUGAUUGUCCAGGUUGGCGUCUGAUUGCCCCGUCGGUUUCCCUUCUGGUCGAAACAUCAUGUCAACCACAAAUGGACACACGGGCCUAUCCAUCAUGAACAAUGGGCUCCGCCGAGCCCAGGGCUACUCGAACUCGCCCAACAAGCUGCCCCAGCAUGCCGCCUCGUACCAGCAGCAAGCCUUCAACUCCCAGCAGCCGCCUCAGACCCAGUACCCCCAUCACCUCUUCACGACUCCCAAUGCCUCGCCCGUCCAUAAUAUCCCCAGCGUGCAAAAUGGCCCUAGGGCCCAGCAGUCCCACCCCCAGCUGCCCGUCCCCAGCUCGCGUCAGCAGCGUGCCACGGCCCAUCAGAUGCCCUCUAACAGCACCCCGCUGAACUACCUCAUGAACCAGCAGCCUCUGCCGCAGCAGUCCAUUAGCCAGCAGCAGCAGCAGCAGCAACAACAGCAGCAGCAACAACAGCAGCAGCAGCAGCAGCAGCAGCAGCAGCAACAGCAACAACAACAACAACAACAACAGCAACAGCAACAGCAGUCCGUGGGCCAGCAGAUGUCCAUAAACCAGCACGUCUCUGCGAACGAGAACCCCAUCAUCUCCCAGCCUCCACCUCAACACGCCCAUCCUGCUCAGCAGCCUGUGCUGACGCCGCAGCCACCCCAAUCUCAACUGCAACCGCCGCCGCCGCCGCCGCCACAGGCUCAAGCUCAAGCUCAACCGCCGGCACAGCAGCCCCAGCAGCUUCAAGCUGAGGCGCCGGGGCAGGGCCAGGAGGGUCAGCACGAUGACACGAUGGAGGUUGAGAGCCCGGGCGAGGAUGACGGGGACGAUAGCGCCCUCGACAAGUCAGCCGAAAACGGGACUCCGUUUGUGCCGCGGACCCCAAUGGGCACCAUGAUGUCUGCUCCUCCCCAAGGCGGGAGCUUCCCUACCCUUGACGCCGUACACAAGGCCGUCCUAGAGUAUUGCACUUCGGUCGGAUACGCCAUUGUCAUCGGCAGGUCGAAAAAGACGGUGCCGGGACUGAAGAAGGUGCUGUUCGUCUGUGACCGCGCAGGAAAGCCCCCGAAACGCGUCAGCCCCGAGAUGCGGAAGCGGAAGACGUCCUCCCGCAAGUGUGACUGCCAGUUUGGUUUCUUCGCCAUAGAGCAACGGACCCAAUGGACUGUCCGUUACCGCCCGGAUCCAGCUCACUUACAGCACAACCAUGGCCCGAGUGAGAGCCCCCUCCUACACCCUGCCGCACGUAAGCUUGACAGCAAGAUGGUUGCCGCCGUCAAGCAGCUCAAAGAAAAUGGUGUGGGUGUCAGCGCAACGUUGGAGAUACUGCAGACAGAAAACCCACAUGUGCCCCUCCUUCCGCGGGACAUUUAUAACGCGAGAGCAGCCAUCAACCGCAACCCUCAGAAGAUCAACGCUGCUUUGGCCGAGGACCGACCUGCCAUCUACAGCAAGCCACAUCCGAGCGCCGAGGAACGCAUUAGGGCCGAUUUGCGGCGUGAGAUUGCCAAGGCUAAAGAGGAGUUCGAGAAGGUGAAACAGGACAACGAAAAGAGGAUCUCCGAGCUGGAAGAGAAGCUUCGCGAGAAGGAUAAGAUAAUCAAGAAGUACGAGAUGUUUGUUGAUCUGUGCAACGAGCGUGUGAUGAUCCAGCGGGAGAAACUGAAGGACAUCGAUGACAAUGGCAAUGCCAGCAGGCCUUGAGAAGAUGAGAGACGACGAGGAGGAGGAGGAGUAAGAACGGACGGACCACAAAUGGAAAGGCAAAAGGGCCACGAGUAUCACGGUUUCACGCAUUGACAAUGGAUUUAGCCAGGCAUAAGAUGGGGGGCAUCUGGUUCGGGGUCUAGUUGUGUCUUGGGUCUGGAGGUCAGUGGCGUUGACUUUCUUUGUAUUGGGAGAAAUUCCAUGGUGGAAAAAAAGGCCGAGAUGUCAUUCCUAGGCAGGUUGUGGGCGUGGAAGCCAUUAACCAACUCAUUAUCCAUGGGUUUGUUCGCAAGCAUUCCAUGCCUAGGUUCUGCGGGCAUGAAUGUGAGGAUCAUGACCAAACAAACCUACCUAUUCCUCUAGCGGUAGCGGUUUGUCGAAGGAGACUAAAACUGCUCCGGCCCUCCUCACACAACGAGGCCGAGGCGUGUGGCUCCAGCUGCUGCAGGCUUGUCGUGUAAGCCCUGCUCGGCCGGCAUUUACUAGUAUACCAGGGCACACUUGCAAAAUAGUCUCCGUACACCUAGGUACCUUCCGGAGGAGCGCUCGCAGCUGAAAAAGCUUGGCCGGCUCUGGAGGAUGCGCAUUGUCUUUCAUGUGAAUAUGAGCC